CAUUUUCUUCGCCUUGUACUUGAAAAUAGAUACAUUUACACAGAUUUAACAGUAGCGUAUUGUAAUCACGCCGCUGAUGACUGUACGCCAACGGCUUGAUAAUAACGCGAGCGUUCUACUUUUGUCGCGUCGCGCUCGUAGACACGGUGUUCAGCUCUACAUGUCUUUCCACAUCAAAGCGAAAUCACACAAGUUCCAACAGUUCAGCGGUGGGAGGCUGCCAGCGCUUGAAAGGAUCCUUCGCUUCCAAUGCACCAAAGCAAACAAACACUCUUGCCCUCGGAAGUUGCAUAUUUCCAUAAACUGCUCUAUGGAUAAAAAGCGUCCUUGAGUCCAGUCGGCGUUGUUUGCGAUUAAGCUCGAAAUGUCUGAAAAUCAGCCUCUUUGCGCUCUAGUUUUCCUAACUUCACUCUUCUGCUCGGCAUGCUCACAGGGGACACGAUUCGUUCAUUCAGCUGCACUAGAUGCGGAUGGGAGAUACAGCAUUAAGUGGGGAUUUGAUGAAUCCACGAUAACUUUUGAAGUAGAAGUGGAAACGAGAGGAUAUAUAGGAUUCGGUUUGUCACCGACCGGUGCGAUGUCCUCGUCCGAUAUCGUGAUAGGUGGUGUGCUCAGCGGAAGUCCAUAUCUGCAGGACUACUAUACAGACUCAAACAGAAAGGUCCAUAAAGAUGCGCUGCAGAGCUACCAGCUGCUGUACGGCAGAGAGAAUGACACGCAUACUGUUCUGGCUUUUAGCAGAAACCUCCAGACCUGUGAUGACAAUGACCAAAUCAUUACGGGCAGUACAGUGAGAGUGAUCUGGGCAUUCCAUGAGGAGGACGUGGGAAUGUCAGGACCAGUCUACCAUGGUACGAACAGAGGCAGAAAGAGUCUGCGAUUACUCAACCCUGGAACCAGCUCCAGCAUCCCAGCAGGAACAGCUUUCUUUGACCUUCAAAACGAAGAGGUUCCUGUACCACAUAAGGAUACGACGUACUGGUGUCAGAUCUUUAAAUUUCCAGAGCUGAAGAAGAAGCAUCAUAUAAUCAGAAUAGAGCCAAUGAUUCAGAAGGGUCAUGAGAAUCUGGUUCAUCACAUUCUGCUCUACCAGUGUGACAGUGAUCUAAACGAGAGUGAGAUCAACAGAGGACAUGAAUGCUACCAUCCAAAUAUGCCAGACUCCUUCUUCACCUGUGAAACUGUCCUGUUUGCUUGGGCUAUUGGGGGAGAGGGCUUCACCUACCCUCCUCAUGUUGGAAUGUCUAUAGGGACCUCAAUAGACCCAGUCUAUGUACAAAUGGAGAUUCAUUUUGAUAACCCAUCUAUACAAAGAGGUACUGUAUGUCAUGAUACACUCACACACUGCACUAAGUGACAUACGGCACAA